AUGAUGUGCGGAGGGCUCUCCACCUCGCAGCCGGCCACCCCCGAGAUCCAGGAGAUUGCCGACAAGGUAAAGGCCCAGCUUGAAGAGAAGGAAAAUAAGAAGUUCGAUGUGUUUAAGGCUGUGUCAUUCAAGAAGCAGGUGGUCGCUGGAUUAAACUACUUUAUCAAGGUUCAUGUGGGCGAUGAAAAAUUCACACACCUUAGAGUAUAUGAGAGUCUCCCUCACGAAAACAAGCCUCUGACCUUGUCCAACUACGAGACCGACAAGACCAAGCAUGACGAGAUAUCUUAUUUUUAA